UAGGAUACAAAAACAAUUUCGUGCGAAAUUUAAACUGAACAUUGAUUUCUCAACAUUAGCGUCCAUGGAGCACCAGCAUAACAGCCAGAUUGUGGAGCAGGAGGACAUUGAAGAUAAUUUCCACAGAAGAGGUGCUGAUUUAGCAGAAGAAAAUGCUGGAAAUGAGCACCAGCAUAACAGCCAGAUUGUGGAGCAGGAGGACAUUGUAGAUAGUUUCCUCAGAGAAGGUGCUGAUCUAGCAGAAGAUAAUGCAGGAAAUGAUGAUAUAGAAUCUUCCUCAGAUUAUGAAACAGAUGAUGAGCAGUCAUUUUAUGAACAAUUUAAAGAUUGGCAUGCUUUGACAGAGGAAGAGCAGAACAAUGCAAAAAGGUUCCUUGAAGAAAAUUAUACAGUUGUAGAACUUAAAGAAACAUUUGAUAUUUUUUAUGCCAAAAGAGGAAAACGAUCAAAGAUGUCACAAUUUAGGAAGUUUAUACUCAGACAACCAGGUAUGCCACGGAAGAGAAACUCUUUAGAUGAAAUGAACAAGAAAAUGGAGGAAAAAGUGGAUGAAGCAGCUGAUUUAAGGAUGAAGUUAGAUAUAAAUGAAAGAGAAUUAAGUAGUUCAAAAAGGAUGAUUGAUCAGCAGAAGUAUUUUCUACAAAAAUUUGCAAAUUGGGAUUAUACAUUGUUAAAAAAAUGUGAAGAUAAUGACAAAUUAAAAGAUCAAAAUCUGAAAUUACUUGAAUCAUACAAUCACAUGAAGAAAACAUACAGCCCUGUUGUUAGAGACAGCCAGAUAAUUCUUUCCCAAUUAAUAGGAAAGGAUGAAAGCAUUAAAAGCCUUUCAAAACAGAACAAUGAGAAGGAUGAAAGCUUUAAAAGCCUUUCAAAACAGAACAAUGAGAAGGAUGAAAGCAUUAAAAGCCUUUCAAAACAGAACAAUGAGAAUGUUGAAAGCAUUAAAAGCCUUUCAAAACAGAACAAUGAGAAGGAUGAAAGCAUUAAAAGCCUUUCAAAACAGAACAAUGAGAAGGAUGAAAGCAUUAAAAGCCUUUCAAAACAGAACAAUGAGAAGGAUGAAAGCAUUAAAAGCCUUUCAAAACAGAACAAUGAGAAUGUUGAAAGCAUUAAAAGCCUUUCAAAACAGAACAAUGAGAAGGAUGAAAGCAUUAAAAGCCUUUCAAAACAGAACAAUGAGAAGGAUGAAAGCAUUAAAAGCCUUUCAAAACAGAACAAUGAGAAGGAUGAAAGCAUUAAAAGCCUUUCAAAACAGAACAAUGAGAAUGUUGAAAGUAUUAAAAGCCUUUCAAAACAGAACAAUGAGAAUGUUGAAAGUAUUAAAAGCCUUUCAAAACAGAACAAUGAGAAUGUUGAAAGCAUUAAAAGCCUUUCAAAACAGAAUAAAAAAUUGAAUGAAUUGAAAGUGAAGCAGAACAUAGAGCUUGAAGAUAUGGAUAGAAAAUUAAAGAAACAAAUGCUAAUUUAUGAUGAAUUGAAAUGGGACACAAAUAAUAGGUUAGAAAUAUUAGAAAAAGAACUAAUGACCAAAAAUUGUGAGAUCAACUCAAUAAAAUCAAACCAAAAGGAAGAACAUCUUGAAAUGAAACAACUACAGGCUCAAGUAGCUGAACUGAAAGAAAUGUUAAACAGUAGAAAUGCAGUAGCAGAAAAUGGAUGGUCAGCCUGUACCAUUCUUUAGAUACUCUCCUUACAACAGCAUUAAUAUGCUGAGUAUAAAGUGUACAUAUUCAUUACCUUAUGAUUUUAUUGGGGUAAAGAUUGCAUUUAAUGCAAUGGAAACCUGUAAGUCAAUGGCUUGAUAGCUACAUCUGCAAUACUUCAUUCUACCUUUAUGGGUUCAAACAACAGAGUGUAAUGA